GUCCAUGUAAUUAACAAAUUGUAAACAAAGUUAAAAAUUUUAAGUAACGGUAAAGUUGACAUUUUAUUGCUAAAAAUUUACCAAAAUAGGAAAUAAGAAAAAUUGUUGCAGAUAAUAGAGAGCACCUAUUUUUAGUAAAUGAUGCAGAUAAUAGCGGGCGGAAGGAGUAUUAAAACGGAGGUAACAUAAAAAAAACUGAAAAAGCUCAAAGAUCAUGUCAUGGAAAAUCUAAAAAAAUGUAAAAAGACAAAACAAAACUUGAAAAAACAGGGAUUAACCUAACUUUGCUCUCAUACAACCUGCGCGCUUUCUUUCUUCACCAUUAUUUUACAACUCCAUUAUUGAAGUUUGUUUGAACAACUAAACUCACUUCAACCAAACCAAAACAUCUUUUUAUACUUCCGCCAUUUUCAAUCAACUCUACAAUUUUUUGAUGAUCUUCAAUCAAACUUCAAUGUAUUCAUUUUUUGUGAUUCUUCUUGUUUUCUCUCACUUGAAUUUCGAGGUUUCGUCUUCGUCGAUUGGAUCUCGUUCAAUUCUUCGGAAGAUUAGCGAUGAUUCUGUUAAUGGUGAAUUUCAUGAUGUUUUUGUUGAAUUGAAUGAUACUAAUUUCAAGGAUGUUCUUCGUGAAACCCCUGCUACUUUUGCUAUUGUCGAAUUCUUUGCUCAUUGGUGCCCUGCAUGCAGAAAUUAUAAGCCUCAUUAUGAAAAAGUUGCAAGGAUUUUUAAUGGGCCUGAUGCAGCACAUCCAGGAAUCCUUUUGAUGGCUAGGGUAGAUUGUGCCUCAAAGAUAAAUGCCAAACUAUGUGAUAGGUUUUCAGUGGAUCGUUACCCUAUGCUUCUUUGGAGUAGGCCUGGUACGUUUGCAUCAACGGCUGCUUGGGAUGGAAAUGAUGGUGAUAUAAUGUCAAUCAAGGAUGGGCGCACAGCUGAUCGGCUGCUUAAUUGGAUAAAUAAGAAAAUGAAUAGCUCAUAUGGUUUUGAUGACAAUAAAUAUGAACAUGAGCACCUUCAAUCAAAGACUUUAGUUCCUGAGCAGAUUGCGCAAGCAGUUUAUGACAUUGAGGAAGCAACAUCUUCUGCUUUUGAUAUUAUUAUGCGGCAUAAGAUGAUUAAAACGGUGACCAAAGCUUCACUCGUGAGGUUUCUUCAACUUAUAGCAGCUCAUCAUCCUUCAAGGAGAUGCCGUAAAGGAAGUGCUGAGAUACUUGUCAACUUUGAUGACUUGUAUCCACCAGAGAUUAUGGCAGAUAAUAAAGAAAAUGGCAUAUCUGAAAAUGCAACGAAAAUUCUUGGGAGUUUCCAGAUUUGUGGAAAAGAUGUUCCUCGUGGAUACUGGAUGUUCUGUCGAGGAAGCAGGAAUGAUACAAGAGGCUUUAGUUGUGGAUUAUGGGUUCUAUUGCACUCCCUUUCUGUGAAGGUUGAAAAUGGUGAGAGCCACACUGCAUUCACAACCAUAUGUGAAUUCAUUCACAACUUUUUUAUCUGCGAGGAAUGUCGGGAACAUUUUUUUGACAUGUGUUCGAGGGUUGACAGUCCUUUAAACAGUACACGUGACUUUGCCCUUUGGUUAUGGGACGUGCAUAAUCAGGUCAAUGAAAGGCUAAGUAAAGAAGAAGCUGCUCUCGAGACUGGGGAUCCCAACUAUCCGAAGAUGAUCUGGCCUCCAAAGCAGCUAUGUCCUUCUUGUCACUUGAGCCAGAAAGGUGACUCGAGCAGCCAAGUUAAUUGGGACAAAGAAGAGGUGUUCAAGUUCUUGGCUAGUUACUACGGAAAAACAUUGUUGUCUGCAUACAAGGACAAAGACCUUCUAAGGCAUGACGAGGUACAGAAUUCACAUGCUGAAGAACAGAUGGAGGCAACAAAUCCCAUGGUUGUGUCAAUUGGAGCAGCUCUUGCUCUCGCUGUUGCUAGCGCUGCAUUCGGGGCAUUGACUUGCUAUUGGCGUUCACAGCAAAAGAGUCGAAAGUAUAGACAUCUACACUCUUUAAAGAACAUAUGACUAUUAGGAGGGCCAAGAAGAAGCUGGAAUUGAGAUAAUUGAAGGAAUGAGUAUCGAACACAGUUUACUGAAGGCAUGGCCAAGGCAGUUUUAAUAUGGAAAUCUGGGUUAUGAAUGUACAUUUAAGGCUUCCGAACUGUCUCAUGCAGAGUGCACCGCGGCUCUUUGCUGUAACAUUAUAUGCAAUGUACAGAGCAUCUGAAUUUGGUCGGCAGUUUCGUAAACUCACAUAUGUUGCCUCUUAGCCACAUACUUACACAAUACACGCUUUCUUCAUUUUUUGUAUGGUGCUUACACAUUGUCGUGGAAGUUCAGAAAUCAUCAUGAAAUUGGUUCUCAUAUGCAUUAGCGGCUAAUGUCUGUCCGUAAGGAUAUUGUUAAUUUGAUGCCAAUUUUUGAGUAAAGAUAAGGGAUACAUAUGUUCAUUUAUAUUUCGAGUUAUGUCUGCUCCUACGAGUUUAUACUGUCAAACUUCUUUCAUUUAUGUCUUUGGAAAAAUAGCUGAAUAUUGUUUACUGUUGGGUUUACUGCAAAUGAUUACUCUUUUACUUCAUGGAAUUGUAACACAAAAAUCCUUCUUCAAUUCUUGAAAA